AUUCCAACACCGAAGUUCAAUUCAUACAAAUGCACUUAUGAAGUCCAAUGGCAACGAUAACGAUUUUACUGGACUAAAAAGACAAUCAUCGAACGAUCAAGACGUUGUAGCGAAUAUUGAUGCUAACGAUGAAAGUGGAAAUGUAAAUAAUCGAAUCGUAGAACGUCGGGGAAGCGUUCAUGUGCGGUUCCAGGACUUGUCGCCGCCGUCAAGCAUUAUAGAAGAUGAAUUUCGAGAUGUUAACAUUGAUGAGGAGGAGUCUAAAACAAAAGACAAUGCCAGCUCUGACGUCUCCGGAACAGGGACUGAGAAUGAAGGGAAAAAGAGAAGUAACUUAAAGUCAGUGUUUGGACUUACAGCAAAUUCUAUGAAGUCCGCUUUAACUCCGUCAGUUAAAACUGACAAGUCACCCUCAAAGGCAAAGAAAAGAGUUCAUGUCUCUUUUCCAGAAAUUGAAGAAAUUCCCUUGGAUGAUAUGGGAAAGCCGUCGCAUGCUUCGAAUGAAGUUGAGAUUGCACCAGAAAUUUAUGGCCGUAAAAAUAUUCCUAAAGAAUUUUUGCAGAAAAAUCGCAAGAAAUUCUCGGUUCCAAACCCCUUGACAUACCUCAGUACAAAGAUUUCAUCCUUGUUUCAGAGGGACUUCCGCCAGUUGAAAUCAAAAGAUGGAAGACAUAUUAUCGUUGAUCCAUAUGAUGACUCUUCUCAAAUUGAUGAACGUAUGGGGAAGCCCUUCAUUAAGAACAACAUUGUAUCGUCUCGUUACAAUAAAUAUAACUUCGUUCCUUUGCAGAUCAUUGCUCAAUUUUCAAAGACUGCUAAUUGUUACUUUUUAUUAAUUGCGAUUAUGCAAAUGAUCCCAGGAUGGUCCACUACAGGCACUUACACUACUAUAAUACCGUUGUUGAUUUUUAUCUCUAUUGCUAUCUUACGUGAAGGCUUUGAUAAUUAUCGUCGUUAUCGUCAAGAUCGUGUGGAAAAUCGGAUUCAAGUUCAAGUCCUAAGACACGUUGAUAAUGCACCUCCUAUUGUAGACGAACAGCCUUCUUUUUUUCGUAGAAGAAAGUGGAGAAAACGAAGGUCCCAGGAUACUGGAUCUAGAAGUACUACCUACUCCAACUCCCUCCAAGAAAUACCUGACCUUCCUCCUCCACAAUCACCUACGUUCGUUCAAUCGCAGGAUGUUUCUACAAAUUUAGAUCCACAAAAAAUAACUCCUUUUGAAACCACACUCAAGCCUACAUUCUUUUGGGCUAACUGUGAUUGGAAAGAUGUGCGUAUUGGUGAUAUAGUAAGACUAACCUCUGACGAGUCUGUUCCUGCUGAUAUAAUUGCUUUAUCGAGUCCGCACCCCAAUGGCGCUGUUUAUGUCGAGACAGCGGCUUUAGAUGGAGAGACAUCUCUAAAAACCAAGUUGGUUAACUCUACCUUACGCUCUUGUUGCAAAGACAUCAAUGACCUUAGCCGUCUUUCUGGUGAAUGUAUAGUUGAAGAUCCUAAUGGAAACUUAUAUGAAUUUAAUGGAAGGAUGCAAUUAAAUUCAGAAGAGAAAGAGAUUCCUAUAACUAAUAAAGAUGUCAUUUACAGAGGAUCAAUUUUAAGGAACACUCCGGAAUUGUUUGGGUUGGUUAUUUUUACAGGAGAAGAAACGAAGAUUCGGAUGAACGCUUCUCGUAAUCUUCGAGUUAAGGCGCCUGCCAUGCAAAAGGAUACUAACAAAAUUGUAAUUUUCAUUUUUGCUUUAGUCGUCAGUAUGGCAAUUUACUGUACCGUUGCAUAUUUUAUAUGGCAGAAAAAGGUUGAAACCAAGUUGUGGUACUUAUCAGAUGGAAGCCUUGCUUUUGUCCCUAUUCUUGUAUCAUUUAUCAUUUUAUACAACACAAUGGUUCCAAUUUCUUUGUACGUAUCAAUGGAAAUUAUUCGUGUCUGUCAGACUUUCUUAGUUCAGAGUGACAUUGAUAUGUAUUACCCUGAAACCAAUACGCGCUGUGAAGUCCGAAGUUCAUCUAUCCUUGAGGAGCUUGGUCAGGUGACUCAUGUGUUUUCAGACAAAACAGGAACCCUUACAGACAACGUAAUGCUAUUUCGGAAUUUAUCCGUGGGAGGUUUUGCUUGGCAACAUGUAGGGGCCGAAAAUCCAAGGUUACUUCCGACAAAUAAGAAGAAAGAAGAUAAUGAUGAAAUAAAAAUUCCUGAACUGUCAGAAAACAUUGAAGGGACUACUAUUCAAUUGCUCAAAUACGUGCAUGACAAUCCACAUACUACUUUCUCGAAAAAAGUCAGAAUAUUUCUUUUAAAUAUGGCUGUGUGUCACACAUGUCUUCCAUCUUACGAUGAAAAGGAAAAUAUUUAUCGUUACCAAUCCACUUCUCCUGAUGAACUAGCUCUCGUACAUGCCGCUCAACAACUGGGAUAUAUUGUUGUGGAUCGUGAUAUGGACACUGUGUCCAUCAGUUUACAUUAUCCUUUAGAUCCUCGUUCCCAGCCCAUUACAAAAACCUAUAAGAUCCUGAAUGUUAUCGAAUUCAGUAGUAAAAGGAAGCGUAUGUCGGUAAUUGUACGAAUGCCAAAUGGUCGGAUUUGCUUAUUUACAAAAGGUGCCGAUUCUACAGUAACCGAAAGACUUCGCCUUUCGGUGCUUGCAAAAAAGAAAAGUCAUACUGUUACUAAAGCAGAAAAGGCUCGAAAAAGUAUUGAAAUAGAUAAAGCUAUUAUAAGAAACAGUAUGAGUACGGCUAGACCAAGUUUGACAGCAUCCCGACCCAGUUUGACCAGAAGACGUGCAGAUUAUAUCAAUAAUGUCACUUCCUGGUUAGAUGAACGUAGACAAAAAAUGGGCUCGAUUCGGCCACGAGCUAGCACCAGUAUAUUAGAAACUAGGCGCCGUCCUACUCCUGGAAGACACUCUUUUGCAGUAGGAGAACGACUCUCCGACAAGAAAUCUCGUUCUAAGAAAGAAGAAGCAGAGGGAUCGAUGUUUGAAAGUUUAAGUCACAAUGAUGCUGCGAUGUUUGAAAACACUUUCAAGCACGUUAAUGCAUUUGCUUCAGAUGGUUUAAGAACACUUAUUUAUGCACAUCGAUUUCUCGGAGAGGAAGAAUAUCAAGAGUGGAAAGCAUUGAAUGAUGAAGCAUUGAGCAGCUUGACUAAUAGACAACAGCUAUUAGACGAUAAUGCUGAAUUAAUUGAAAGGAACUUGGAAUUUUCAGGUGCUACUGCGAUAGAAGAUAAACUCCAGACAGGCGUUCCUGAGUCUAUUAAUUCACUAUUCAGAGCUGGCAUAAAAUUUUGGGUGUUAACUGGAGAUAAAAAAGAAACUGCAAUUAAUAUUGGUCAUUCUUGUGGAGUUAUAAAAGGGUUCUCGACUGUCGUGGUUUUAGGAUCUAUGGAUGAAAAAUCUGGAAGCGACGAAACUAUAAAGGGCGGACAGAGACUUUCUUUAGAGCAACCCCAAGAGAUUGAUACAACAAACCUCGUAAUUCACCAAUUGGUGUCGUGUAUGAAAGCAAUGCAAAGCAACUCUGUAGCACAUUUAGUCCUUGUCAUAGAUGGUGCUACUCUCGACAGUAUUGAAAAUGACCGUGAAGUUUUUACACUUUUUAUUAACACCUCUGUGAAAGUUGACUCUGUUAUAUGCUGUAGAGCUAGUCCUAUGCAAAAAGCGCUCAUGGUAAAAAACGUACGCGAGAAUGUUAAUUCUGCUGUGACGCUAGCGAUUGGAGACGGCGCAAAUGAUAUUGCUAUGAUCCAAGAAGCCCACGUUGGGAUUGGUAUCGCUGGUCUUGAAGGUCUGCAAGCAGCUCGAUCAUCUGAUUUCUCAAUCGCCAGAUUCAAAUUCUUAAUUAAACUACUUUUUUGUCACGGUCGGUGGAAUUAUGUACGUCUAUCUAAAUAUAUUUUAGGUACAUUUUACAAAGAGCAGUUUUUCUUCCUAAUGCAAGCUAUUAUGCAGCCUUUUGUUGGAUAUACCGGUCAAAGUUUAUAUGAGAAUUGGGGGCUUACAUGCUUUAAUACUCUCUUUUCGUCUUUAUGUGUUAUUGGUCUUGGUAUAUUCGACAAAGAUUUAAAUGUUAGUACCGUCAUUGCUGUUCCAGAACUAUAUCAAAAAGGAAUUAACAACGAAGCUUUUAAUUGGCGUGUUUAUAUAAGCUGGUCAUCUAUGGCAUUUAUGCAAGCCUUUUUAGUAUUUUACGUUACAUAUGCGUUAUAUGGCGUAAAACAGCUCACCGAUAAUAACUUGUUUGCUUUUGGGCAGCUCAUUUUUACUGCUGCAGUUGUUGUGAUGAACUUUAAGCUCAUUUUUAUUGAGAUGCAGUAUGUAAACAUUAUUUCUUUUAUUGUAAUUAUUCUUACACUUUUGGGAUGGUUUUUUUUCAAUAUGUUUAUCAGUGACCAUUAUCCCGAUGAAAAUAUUUACCUUGCGAAAUCACAAUUCUUUCAUCACUUCGGUAAAAAUGCUGGGUGGUGGCUUACAGUGUUUUUGGUUACUGUUGCUGCUUUAAUGUUGGAUAUAAUUUUACAAAUGAUCCGCCGAAUGAUGAAACCGACAGAUACUGACAUUUUUGUGGAAUUGGAAAGCGAUGCGUUCAUACACUCUCGGUUCGAGCAGGAGAGUAAGGAGUUUUUCAAUUCCAAUUCCAAUGAAAACGAUGAAAUUGAACAGUACCUUAAAGCUCGCGAGUGAUGAUUAAUUUUAAUUUAUUAUAUCUAUUAAAAAAAGUGCAGAUUUGGUACAAUUUUGUUUUUAUUUAUAUUUUGCUUCAAUUUUGUUAAGUUGUCUGGUUUUUGAAAGAAAAUCGACCCAUUUUUUUGGCAAUGUUUUUAUCUCUUCUUUUUUUUUUUUUCCUUCAUUAUCUGUUUUUCGAGUUGGUUAUAAUAUUGUUAUUAGUUACGUUUUACAUUUUUUAAUGCAUAUAUCGUUCUUUGUUUUCACAUGCG